CAAGCGGUAAUACAUCGUGUAGUAUUUGUUGUAGGACGUAGAAUGGGAAAGGUUUUAGUGCUGCGCCCGGAAGUGAAAUCACGAAUGUAGUUUUCAGCUCACUGCCGAUGGAGCUCGCGCUGUGGCGGGUGAUGCAGCGACGCUAUGAGCCUGGUCCGCAAACGGAAGUGCAUCUCCGUCAAAGCUGGCGGAGCCUCCAAGGUAGCGCGCGCAGAGAAGCCAACGGCACCCGAACCUCCGUCAUCCCACAAUGCAUCGCCUCCUACAGUUGAAGACUGUCAAGAGGACGGGAGCCCGGAGGAGGGACAGAGCACGUUGCCAUGCCGACUCGGGGCAAAGGUCAGGGGUCAAGGCCAGGGCCCCCUCCAGGAAACUGAUGCUCGGGGGCAGGGCAGCAGAGAGGGGGGGUCUCGCCUCUGUUCCAACCCCUCCUGGCCACGCCCCUCGACCGAGGAGGAGAUGACUGACACAGACCUGCUGGUCAUUGUCACUGAGGAACAGUGCAGGACGCGCCAGGGAGUCAGAAAGAAAGGAGGCGGGGCAAAGAGGAAGAGGAGACCGGCCGAGGACCAAUCAGAGGAAAGUCAGAGUGAAGAGCCGGGCUCAGAGGUGGAGAUUGACAGGCAGCUGGACCAACAGCUGGAGAACAAGUCCAAACAGCACAACCUCACCACUACCAACGUGCGCAACAUCAUUCAUGAAGUGAUCACCAACGAGCAUGUGGUGGCCAUGAUGAAGGCUGCCAUCAACGAGACCGAGGCUGUGCCUGUGUUUGAGCCCAAAAUGACCCGCUCCAAACUGAAAGAGGUGGUGGAGAAAGGAGUGGUCAUCCCAGCAUGGAACAUCUCCCCCAUUAAGAAGGCCAGUGAAGUCAAGGCGCCCCAGUUUGUGGACAUCCCCCUGGAAGACGAGGACUCCUCUGAUGAAGAGUACCGCCCCGAUGAGGAAGAGGAGGAUGAGACGUGUGAAGAUACGUUCCAGGAGAGUGACAUGGAGAGCACAGCCUCGUCUCCCAGGGGAGUCAGAGCAGGGAUCCUCAGAGCUGCCAGCCAGGAGGAGGAACACAGCUCCCUGCAGGUGUACAAUCACAAAGCGAGACGUCGUAUGGGCCCGCCCCUUCCUCCCCCUGGCCCGCCCAUCAAACCGCCCCCAGACUCCAGCUUCCUGGAGAAGCUCCACGCCGUGGAGGAGGAGCUAGCCAUAGGCCCUGUCCCCGCCUGCAUGGAACCCUUUCAGCCCCUGACCCUCCCUCAGCCCCAGCCCCUGCCCCCCCCCCAGCCCCAGCCUCUGGCCCCAGCGGAGGACAGCGUGAUGGCGUGGAGGACUCGCUCCAAGCGUCCUCUCAGGGACGUCCCCCUGGGGCGCCUGGAGGCGGAGCUAAGGGCCCCUGACACCACGCCCGACAUGUACGAGUGUGGCUCCGCCAAGGAGGACCGCGAGUGGACCCAUUGGCUGAGAGGGCUCAUGUGCUCCGACGCUGAGAACGAUGAGGAAGCUGAUGAUGAUGAUGAUCCAGAGUAUAACUUCCUGGCCGACACAGACGAGCCUGAUGUGGAGGAUUACCGUAACGACCGGGCCGUACGCAUCACCAAGAAGGAAGUGAACCAAUUGAUGGAGGAGUUGUUUGAAACGUUCCAGGAGGACCUGUGUUCUCAGGAGCAAGACGAGGAAGGACAUGAGGAAGAGGAGGAGAGUCAGGAGGAGUCCCGCGACACACACACCUUCACCACGCCCGCUCCACCCUGCCCGCGCUGGCAGGAGCCCGUGUACCAGGAAGAAGAAGAUGAUGGAGGCUUCCAGACUGUGAGGGAGCAGCUGGCAGCCAUGAGGAAGAAGAGGCUCCAGACCCCACAACCCCCCGCCCUCACCCCCGCCCUCACCCCCACCGUCAACGCCACCCAGAAACUGCAGCUGCAGCAGCAGAUCCAGCAGCAUGUCCAGCUGCUCACCCAGGUCUACAUGCUGGCUAGCCCAGUAGCAGCCCUGCACAGUGAAGCUCACACCACCCUGCAGUUCCUGACUGAGCUGCAGGUGUUUGCCCAGCAGAGGGAGCUGUCCCAGGGCCCAGGCAGCCUGUUCAGGGCCUCCAACCUCCAGGGGGCGCUGUCCUUACUGGUGGAGCUCCGCCUCCGGCCCAUCCCCUACAGCCCCAACAUCACCCAGCCCACCUCGCAGGGACGCAUCCGUCGGUACCCGCUGAUGCCCGCCCAGCUGGCCUGGCUAUUCGCCACCCGUCCUGUCUUCCUGUACCCAGAGCUGCUGCCAUUGGUCAGUCUGGACCCCGCCCUCUUAGCCCCGCGAACUUUCAACUCCUUCAUCCCAGCUGAGGACUGCCUGCUGGUGCUGGGCAUGAGGAACAUGCAGGGAACCCUGAAGCCCAUGGAGAACCUGUGUCAGUACCUGCUCCGAGCCAAGGCCCCCGCCCAGACCAGAGGACACCUGCUGAAGCAGAGCACGCCUCGCAGGCCCGACAGCAUCCUCAAGGUGUACUACCGGCAGAGGGUGGUACUGCCCAUGCCCCUGGCCUGUCGCGGGGUGGAGCCUGGAGACCAGCGCCCCCCGGUGGAGAGAGACGAGGACAUCAUGCCAGCCUGGCUGAGGAGGAGUCUUCCGGUCAUCUACCCAGCUGUGAGACAAUGUAACAUGGCCGGUGAUCCCAAAUGCUCCAAAAACAAAAGGUACUACAGCUACCCCCCCGGCACCCUCUACCCACCCCACCUCCCCGACGGCUUCAUCCUCAAACCCAGCGGCUUCAAAAACAUGCUCGUCUCAGACGGCGCCCCCAGCAGGACCGGAGGAGGUACUGCGCACCCGGGGGACCACGCGAACAACGAACGGAAACAGCGGCCGGUCCAGGGCGCGUCGAAACCCAAGUCAAAAACAACAAGGGGAAAGUCUCGCUCGAAGACCUCCCAGAAUGCAAUGCAGGUCAUUCUCAAUAGGCCCGCCUCGGGCGCUUCGUCAUUGGAUGCUCAGUGGUCAGAGUCUGCCCUAUCGGCUAAAGAGCUUGUCACUCAGAGGGUCAGCACCUUCGCUGGGCUGCACAGGCUACCCAGGUUCCUCCCCCCUGCAUGUCCCUCCCACCCUCAUGCUACAGGGUCUCUGGAGGCGGCUAGCAGGGGCACCACAGCCCCAGACCGGCUCCCUGCUACCACUCAGGCUCCUUCACUUCCUCCUCCCUUCAUCCAGAUCCAGACCUCCGCUCUUCAUCCCUCCCUCUUGGAAACCCUGAUGGACGGGGAGUGUGUCACCGUCGUCAUGGUGAGGAGGGAGGAGGAGGUGGGGGGGGACGAGGAGGUGGAGAAGGGAGAAGAGGAGGAAGAGGAGGAGGAUUGUUACGAUGACAUGCCCCUCCUGGCACUGUCAGAGUCCUCUGCCAGUCCUGCAGGAAGCAUUGACCCCGGUGACCUCACAGAGGCGGAGUCGGAGAAAGGUCAAGAGGUCACACUGGUGCAGUCAGACGUGGGGGGUGGAAUCAGGGAGGGAGAAAAGGAAAUACAAGAGGAAGCGGGGCACCAUGGAGGGAUUGUGGAGGGAGAGCGGCAAGGCCAACAGGAACAGGAAGUGAUGUCACCAUUCUCUGACGAGUCCACCCUCUCAGUGCCGGAGCUACAGGAGACAAUGGAGAAGCUUUCCUGGCUGGCAUCAGAGGGGAGGUUAGAGGUCAUAGAGAGUUCAUUCUCAAACCCAGAUCCCGUGGCCCCUCCUCCUCCUCCCCCCCCUCCCGUGACCCCCCUCCCCCAUGAUGACACAGAGCUACAGGGGUGUGACCCCCACAGGGAGAAGGAAGAGCUUGCGUAUGCACAGGAUUACCUCAACAGGGUGUGUGAGUCUCUCCAGAAGGUUCCGGGGCGUCUGGGGGACUUCCUGGCGGCCCUGUGUGAGUUUGAGCGUGGCGGGGGGCGGACCCCCGUGGAGCUGUUCUCCCUGAUCAGGCCGGUUCUGCAGGACUGGCCCGACUUGCUGCGAGACUUCGCUGCCUUCCUCCACCCAGACCAGGCUCAGCACUGCGGCCUGUUGGCAGAGCAGCAGGCGUUUGAGCGUAGUCGGCGGUUCCUACGGCAACUUGAACUAAGCUUCGGAGAGGACUCCUCCCACUACCGCCAAAUAGUGAGCAUCCUCCAAGGAGGCCACGCCCACAGCCCUCUGGGUAUCAAGAAGAUGAAAGCACAGAUCACGGGCCUUCUCAAAGGCCACUCCCACCUCCAGGAAGAAUUUUGGGUAUUUUUCGACAUGUUAUAUUCCCUGUCGUCUGAGGCAGAGUGUCAGGACACCUCAAACUACACUUCCCACAAUGCACCGCAAAGAGGGAGGAGAAGACAGGCUUCCAAUCCCAGGAGAACCAAACGGAGAGAGCAGGAAGAGGGGGAGGAUGGGGGAGACAUGGAUGAGCAGGCCUGCAUCUCGGACAAUCCUGUCUGUGCCAAAAACAUCUCCCUCACCCCCACGGGAGAGAAGAUUAUACUCUGGACCAGAGAAGCAGAUCGAACAAUCUUGACGACCUGCCAGCUGAGAGGAGCCAAUCAGAGGACGUUUCAGACCAUCUCCGCCCAACUCGGCAACAAGACACCCAAUGAGGUGAGCGCACGUUUCAAGGACCUCAUGCGGUUGUUCCGCUCAGCCAAUCAAAGACCACGUUCAGACCAGGAAGAGGAAGUGAGCGCCACUGAGCAGGAAAUCAACUCCACGGAACCCGCGCCAGACUGAAUGUGUUUUGGGGAACCCCAGAAGGAAAAGUACCAGUGUUCUACUGGAUCAGAGCUGGAACCGGAACCAUCACAACAGCUUAGCUACCUGGACUCAAGAGAGUAGAGCGGGUUAUGAGGGAGGGAUGGAGAGAAAGAGUGAGAGAAGAAGAGGAGGGAGAAGUAAAGAGAGAGUUCAAAAGACACAUCAAGGGCUUGGGUGUGUCUUUCUCUCUCGGGGAGAAAUGUUUACAGAACCGCACCUUAUCCCCCCAGCAUGUCAGCUGGGUGCCACAGCUGCAGUGCCGGUGCAUGUU